AUGCUUCGACAGUAUUGCAACUUGCAAGGAUUCCAAAGAGCAUGUCACCUAUGUAACCGCCUUCUUCUUGUAGAUCCAAACUCUCUAUGUCAGGAAUUGGAUUCAAAUCAAACACUGAGCACUGCAGAUGUAGGGAAUGGAGUUGUGGAUGGCGUAGCAAGAAACGAUCCACAUCAAUGGCAGCGUGAAGAGGUCAUCGUAGAACAUAGGCGAAAGCAACAUACAAUAAUGGAUAGUGAUUUUCUGUCGUGUAUGCCAAUGAAUGGACCGACCAGCGUUAAAUCUUGCGGACACAAACGUCCUGGAGAAGAUUUAAACGUGUCACUGAUACUGAAAUUUGAAGAACGUAGGGAGAGUAAUCCCAGGAGAUCGUCACAAAGGGACGAAGAUGCUGGCCAAGCAUGGACUGAGGUAGGGGGCCGAGUUUACCCUCUAAUCAAAACACUACAACUGGGUGUUGUACGACCGACUAGCCAAGGAAAACCGGUGAAUUUCACAAGUUCCACACAUCAUUUAACACACUAUGUCGAAUGGAUGUCCAAUGUAAAAGAGGUAUCCAUCAUUGACACAGCGAUCCAUGGUGACCUUUUAACGGCGAUCGCGAACAUGGCGAAACUGCGAACACUAUCUGUGGAACGGGUAUUAAUCGUGAACACAGUGAAAGAGAUCGUUUUCGAAAGCAACGGUAUCCAACAUCUGCGCUUACUCGAUACCACUUGGGAUGGCCCACCAAAGGUGGGAACGAUGAUACGAGCAUGCCACGCCCUCCAUACGCUAUGCAUAACAUGGCAUGAUGAGGGGGAAGAAGAAGGCGUCGGUUGGGAGUCAUGGACAAAUGCUUCGUGCUGGCAGGCGACAGUAGUUUGCAAACCAAAAACGUUGGUGAGCAAGUACGAACGGCAGACGCUGUUAGCUCUUUUGGCGAAGUUGGAAGGCAUGACGGACUUACAUCUGGAGGGGUCACUAUUAGCGUUCACAAAAGGCGAUACACUGAUUCGACCUUUCUCACAAUCGGUGGAGAAGUACGUAGGGCCGAUCCAUUUUCUGAAUGUACAUCGACGACUCCCGAAGCUGAAAUCGGUAACAUUGACUAACAUCGGUUUGUUCACAAGCGAAGUGAAUGAACUAACAAUUGAGAUGGAAGAGGUCACUAAUUUAAAGGUUGUUAUCGGUAACGAAGGAACUGCGCAAUUUGGAGAUAAACUUCAGCGACGAUGUAAACGAGCCUCCAUCAAGCACUUCAGAAGAAUGAAGGCGUUGUGCCCAGAACUGGAGGUGAUCGGAGUAGACAACCGGAGAUGGAGGCAUAAGCGAGGUUUAUGGAUGGAGGUGUUGCCACACAUAGGGGACUUAUGA